UCAGAAAACAGAAAUUCAAAUGAAUUUCUCGAUCUCAGACGCACAGAUCACCAUUUCUGAAAACGUAACUGGACUUGACUGUAGCUGGGGGGUAAAGCCAUGCUACGUACAAUGUGAACAUCUGAACACAACUUUAAGCUCUCUAGCAAAUGAGACAAUAUGCAUAUUAAACAACAACUCUCUCUUCCUGACCUUUAAAUUAAACGAGUCCAAGACUACAUGCACUGUGACAACUUGCAGAAAAGCUGAUAUAAUUGCAAAAAUGGGUAAUAUAACAAACCAAAAGGUUCUACAGGACCUGUCAAAACUGGUAAAAGUUAAGAACAGCUGUGAGACUGUGUUUAAUGAGUUGGACGUUUUAAAAGAAUACAUCAACAUAGAGAGACAGUGCAUACUUGAAAUCAUCCGCCUAGAAUUCACAGAAAAUACUAAAAAUUAUGACUUUGGGGACUUCGCAAUCACCGUGAUUAAGAUAAACACAACAGCAAAUUACAGCGACUAUAUAAAGGUCGCAGCUGCACAGUUUGCAGGUCUUAAUGUGCACACAUGGAUCCCUCUGGAACCUUUUCUAAAUGUUUCGGAGCUGCAGAGUAAAGUGGGUGUUGUAACAUAUGCUUCAGGCAAGCAAUUUGCAAUUAGCCAGGCUGUAAACAUUUUGUCUCCUGUUAUCCGUGUUGAAGUUGCUGAAGGUAAAAUCGAGAAUCUGACCCAUCAGCUUAAAAUCAAUUUCUCACUAAUCGAUAGUUCACUGAAAAACCUCAACAUGUCAUGUCAGUACUAUGAUGACAUCACAGGAUACGUGUGGAAGGAGCAAAACCCACAAAUCAUCGACAGGGAGGGAGAUUAUGUGAUAUGCUCAUAUGAUCACAUGACUCCUUUUGCUGUUCUUCUGGUUGACCUGAAAAUUGAUAAAAAGAACUAUGAAAUAUUGUCAUAUUUAACCUACGUUGGGUGCGGUCUCUCAGCACUGUUCUCUGCAGCCUCCAUCUUCCUCUUCGCACUCAAAAAAGCCCCGAAUACAGACUACUCCAACAGCAUCCACGUCUCUCUGAGCGGAGCUCUGUUCCUCCUUAACGUCAGCUUCAUGCUAAACGAGAUCGCCGUCACCUGGUCGAACGGGCUCUGCGUGUUCGUGGCCGUGACGAUUCAGUACAGCCUGCUCUGCUGCUUCUCCUGGAUGGCCAUCGAAGCUCUUCACCUGUACCUUCUGCUGGUGAAGGUGUUCAACACCUACAUCCGACACUACAUGAUCAAGCUGUCUCUGUUCGGCUGGGGAGUUCCUGCUAUUAUUGUUGGACUGUCUCUGUGUGUGUAUAAUAUUAAAUCUUUCUAUGGCACCAAAAACAUGACAUUUACAGACACCACUGAAAUUGCACAAAUCUGCUGGAUCACUGAUAACACGUUUUUCUACGGACUGAAUCUCACCUACUUCACCUUCAUGUUCCUGAUGAACACGGGCGUUCUCGCCACAGUGACCUCACAGAUCUGUAGACUAAGGAAUAUGGGCCGCAGAAAUAAGAAGCUGCCCUCCUGUAAAGAUACCUGCACUGUGCUGUUCCUGUCCUGCCUGCUGGGUCUGACGUGGGGCUUCGCCUUCUUCAUCUCUGGAUAUAUAAAUUACCCCCUACUCUACCUCUUCUGCAUCUGCAAUAGCCUGCAAGGGUUCUUCAUGUUCCUGUGGGUCUACAGGACGAUAAGGAGGAACAGGAGUCUGGCAGAGCAGAGCUUGUCUCCAUCUGAUCCCUAUUCCAGCAGUACCUCCAAAACCAAAAACAGCAACAACUCUGAAUUUUCCCAUCACUCCUAACAGAUACUACAGCCAGACUUUCCAGCUUUACUUCAUACAUCACUGGAAAACCAGAGACCACAGAGUCCUCACAGCUCAGAUGAUCCAGAUGAGAGAUCACCAGUUUCAUUAUCAGCCACUCAGUCCACAUUUCUCCAUUCACUUCCUCAUUGUUAACGUAAAACCAUUACAACGUUCAUAAGGUUUGUUAUAGUAUUCAAUUAACCCACACAGAAACAUAAUACAUGACAUAUAUAUAUAUAUAUAUAUAUAUAUAUAUAUUGCUAUAUCAAGAGUAAUAGUGAUAGGAUUGAGGUUUACAUACAUGUUACCUUUGGUAAAGGUGAUAUCUUAUCAUCACAUACAUACAUCCUCAACAUAUAGGCAGACAUAAAUUCAGAACAUAUAUAAAAUCCAUAUCCAUAAAAUGUGGGUACUACUUUAAAUUAAGACUACUCUCAUAAAGGGUUCAUAAAUGGUCAAUACAUUUGUUUAUUAGUUAGGUUAUGAAUGUUUUAAUAAUCAUUCAUUCUAAAUAAAAUUUUACAUAUAAUAAAAUUAUACCACAGUUAGUGGUUAGAAAGCGGCGUUCCGACCCUGCAAUGUGAUUGGCUAAGCGGCGUUCUAUAAGUAUAAAUAUACCAUUAUUAGAUAGUAAUGCAUCGUAACCGAAGCGAUUCAUGUAUUACUCCGCCACAUACAGGUAAUCUAGCAGCGAUGCAGCGCUUACAAGCCAAACACCACAGCUACAAACAGCGCAGCUACAAACAGAUCAGCAACAUCUCCUCCAGUGAACAUCUUUUCCAAAUAUUUAUAGAAACCAAUCCAGACAGUUCUCCUAAAUAGUUCCCCAAUGGUGGAACAAACUUCCUUCCACUACCAGAUCAGGAGAAUCUCUCACUAUCUUUAAUAAACUCCUGAAGACUGAGCUCUUCAAAGAGCACUUACUCUCCUAACAUCUCUAACUAACUACCUUCUACUACCAGAUCAGGAGAAUCUCUCACUAUCUUUAAUAAACUCCUGAAGACAGAGCUCUUCAAAGAGCACUUACUCUUCUAACACCUCUAACACAUUAACUACUUCUAACCUCAUUUUCUAAUCCCCCUCUUUUCCUUCCAUAUGUCCCCUAUUGCUAAUGUACAUAAUUUGUAACUUGCAUUGGAUAACAGCAUCCACUAAAUGCAACACAAUGUAAUGUAAUGUAAAGUCUUGGUUAAAUCUUAGUACUAAGAUUUUAGUACCAUAAACAAAAAUGAAAUUAAUCAGCUUCUACAAUGUUUCUAUGGAUCCGUCAGAAAUGUGACGUGAGAGUUGUAGAGUAUCGGCUGCUUCAUUGGGUUAGGAACUUAUGCACAUUGUAUAGUUUUAUUUUUUUACUUUACUGUUAAUAAAUCCAAUAUCAUCAAUUGUUUUAUUGUACUUUUA